AUGUCUCUUUCCGUUUCAGAGCUGGACAACACUGUCCGAGCCUUCUUUGAAGGCAAAGGUGACGUGCAAAAACAAGCCCAACAAUCUUUGACCGAAGUAAGCUUGCCCUGGCCCGGCGCGCGCGCGCUUUCUCCCCUCCCCGAACCCCCCCGACGCGAAGGCGAAGAUCCUGAAGAUCCUGCGUCUCCCCCGAUCCUCGUCUUCAUUCCCCCUCGUCCGCCUGCUGCGGUACUGAUCCGAUCGACCAACCUUCUAGUUCAAACAAAAUCCCGAUGCCUGGGUCACCGUGGAUAUUGCCCUGCAAGUUCUCGACGAUGUGAUUAUGACCCGCUGGAAGGUCCUGCCCAGGGACCAGUGCCAAGGUACCAAACCAUCCCCAAUUCCAAUUCCCUGAGGGGAAAUUUCCGCAGUUCUCCUCCUCAAAUCUUCCUUACUGACAAUCCGUCUUUUUCCUUCCCCGCUAUAGGAAUCCGCAAUUUCAUCGUGAACUUCAUCAUCGAAAACUCCGGCUCCGAGGAGAAGCUCCGCACUGAGCGCGCCUUCUUGAACAAACUCAACCUGGUCCUGGUUUCAAUCUUGAAGCAGGAGUGGCCACACAACUGGCCAACCUUUAUCAACGAGAUCAUUUCGUCAUGCCACGCCAGCCUUUCCAUCUGCGAAAACAACAUGGCCAUUCUCCGUUUGUUGUCAGAGGAGGUCUUCGAUUUCUCCCAAGACCAGAUGACCUCGGUUAAGGCGAGAAACCUGAAGACUUCUAUGACCCAAGAGUUUGCCUCCAUUUUCCAGCUCUGUUCCGAAGUCCUUAAUACCGCCAACCAGACCAGCCUGGUCAAGGCAACCCUCGAGACUCUCCUGCGUUUCCUGAAUUGGAUCCCGCUGGGCUACAUCUUCGAAACCCCCAUCAUCAAUACCCUUCUCACCCGGUUCCUGGAUGUUCCCGAGUUCCGAAAUGUUACGCUCAAGUGCUUGACCGAGAUCGGCGGUUUGCAGAUUGGCGCUCCCUACAACUACGAUGAGAAGUUGGUGUUCAUGUUCACUGAAACACUAACCAAGGUCUCAAAUGUCAUUCCCCUGACAAUGGAUUUGAAGGAGACAUAUGCCCAGAGUAACGGCAGAGACCAAGAAUUUGUCUCGAACUUGGCCCUCUUCCUCUCGAGUUUCUUCAGUGCUCACUUGGAUCUCGUCGAGAAGUUGCCCAACCAAGAUUACCUCACCCACGCCCACUUCUACUUGAUUCGAGUCAGCCAAAUUGACGACCGCGAAGUUUUCAAGAUCUGCUUGGAUUACUGGACCCGGCUGUCACAAUGGGCGUUAGCGGCCUCUCCAACGGCGGUGCCCCCCCACCCAAGCACCCUGGCCAACUAUCCCCUGCGCAAGCACAAGUACGAGACCGUUCUCUCCAACCUUCGCACUGUAAUGAUCGAGAAGAUGGUCCGUCCCGAGGAGGUUCUGAUCGUCGAGAAUGACGAGGGAGAGAUCGUGCGUGAAUUUGUGAAGGAAAGUGAUACCAUUCAGCUUUACAAGACUAUUCGCGAGUGCUUGGUCUACCUGACGCACUUGGACGUGGUGGACACCGAAACGAUCAUGAUCGAUAAAUUGGCCAAGCAAGUCGAUGGGUCCGAGUGGUCGUGGGUCAACUGCAACACUCUGUGCUGGGCCAUCGGCUCCAUUUCCGGCGCUAUGAAUGAAGAGACCGAGAAGCGGUUCCUGGUCACUGUUAUCAAAGACCUUCUGGGCCUGACCGAGCAAAAGCGCGGAAAGGACAAUAAGGCCGUCGUCGCAAGUAAUAUCAUGUACAUCGUGGGCCAGUACCCGCGCUUCUUGAAGGCUCACUGGAAAUUCCUGAAGACAGUCGUGAACAAGCUCUUUGAGUUUAUGCACGAGACCCACGAAGGUGUCCAGGAUAUGGCCUGCGAUACAUUUAUUAAGAUUGCUAACAAAUGCCGACGCCACUUCGUGGCUCUGCAGCCUGGAGAGAACGAGCCCUUCAUCGAGGAAAUCGUUCGCAACAUGCGCAAAAUCACGAUGGACCUUUCACCGCAGCAGAUCCACACUUUCUACGAGGCUUGCGGUUAUAUGAUUUCCGCCCAGGGUCAAAAGACUCUCCAGGACCGCCUGAUCGAGAACCUGAUGGCGUUGCCCAACUCGGCUUGGGACCAGAUCAUUGGCGAGGCCAACCAGAAUGCGGCCAUUCUCCAGGAUUCAAACACCAUCAAGAUCAUCGGAAACAUCAUGAAGACCAAUGUUGCGGCUUGCUCUUCUAUCGGAACAUACUUCUAUUCCCAAAUUGGUCGAAUCUACCUUGACAUGCUGAACAUGUAUCGAGCCUCCAGCCAGCUCAUCAACGAUGCCGUCGCGAAUGAUGGACACAUUGCUCCUAAAACUCCUAAAGUUCGGGGUCUGCGAACCAUCAAGAAGGAAAUCUUGAAGCUGAUCGAUACCUAUGUUGAAAAGUCCGACGAUCUCGAGAUGGUCAACGCCAACAUGGUGCCGCCCCUCCUUGAGGCAGUACUCCUCGACUACAACCGCAACGUACCCGACGCGCGCGAGGCGGAGGUUCUGAACGUGAUGACGACCAUCAUCCACAAGCUCCACAACCUGAUGGAGGAUAAGAUCCCUAGCAUCAUGGACUGUGUGUUCAGCUGCACUUUGGAGAUGAUCAACAAGGAUUUCCACGAGUAUCCGGAGCAUCGCGUGCAAUUCUUCAAGCUCCUUCAGGCGGUCAACCUGUACUGUUUCCCCGCAUUGCUGAAGCUCGAUGCCACUCAGUUCAAGUUUGUCAUUGAUUCUUGCAUGUGGGCUUCCAAGCACGAUAACCGCGAGGUUGAGAAUACCGGUCUCACUAUGUGUCUCGAAUUGAUGAACAACAUGGCCGAGACGGACCCGCAAACAUCGGCCAUCUUCUUCCGCCAAUUCUACAUCCCAAUUCUCCAGGAUGUGUUCUUCGUUCUGACUGAUAGCGAUCACAAGGCUGGCUUCAAAUCACAAGCCAUGCUGCUGUCUCGCAUGUUCAUGUUCGUCGAAUCCGGAAAGAUCCAAGAACCCAUCUAUACCGCGGAGCAGGCGCCCGCAGGAACCUCGAACAAGGACUUCCUGCAGGAAUACGUCGCAAAUCUACUCCAGAGCGCAUUUAAGAACCUGCAAGACGCCCAAAUCAAGCAAUUUGUGAUCGGUCUAUUCGCCUACACCGACGACUUGAACAAGUUCAAGACCCACCUCCGUGAUUUCUUGAUCUCCCUGAAGGAAUUCUCCGACGAUAACGCCGAGCUCUACGCCGAGGAACGCGAACAAGCCGUGCGCGACGCACAAGCCACCGAGCGCGAGCGCGCGAUGAAGGUUGGAGGUCUAUUGAAACCUUCGGAGAUGGAGCAAGAAGAUGAGCUCUGA